CAAUCUUUGGGGUCCUGAUUGAUUUUAAAACCCCAAUUGCUAGGGUUUUCAUACUGCGGCCGAUCGUGAGCGAGGGGGAGCGCGAGCGUCAGAACCGAACCUGGUUUACUAACUUAAGGCCUUACUGACACCAGAUGGCGCCGCCCGCUAAAGCUACAGCAAAGAAAGCUGAUGGAAAAACACAGGCCUUGAAGGUUGCCAAGGCUGUUAAAUCUGGGACUUCAACCUUGAAGAAGAAGGUCAAGAAGAUCCGUACUUCUGUUACUUUCCAUCGUCCCAAGACUUUGAAGAAGGAUAGAAACCCCAAAUAUCCCAGAAUCAGUGCCCCUCCCCGAAACAAGCUUGAUCACUAUCAGAUUCUCAAAUAUCCUUUGACGACCGAGUCUGCCAUGAAAAAGAUUGAAGAUAACAACACACUUGUCUUCAUAGUUGAUAUCCGUGCGGAUAAGAAAAAGAUCAAGGCGGCAGUGAAGAAAAUGUAUGAUAUCCAGACUAAGAAGGUUAAUACACUGAUCAGGCCUGAUGGUACUAAGAAGGCAUAUGUGAGGCUGACACCAGAUUACGAUGCUCUUGAUGUCGCCAACAAAAUCGGUAUCAUCUAAAUCUGAUGCUGAGGCGUCGGCUUGUUUUCAUCGUUUGUUAUUGGCUUAUAUAUGUAUGCUGAUGAUUGAGAAUAUUUGGGAGACUGCUUUAUGGGUUUUGUUAGAUUAUAGUAUAUUGUUCACCUACUGUUGGUAUGGACAAUAGUUUAGUUGAGUUUGGUGUAAUGCUGAUCUACUUUGUCUGCAUUUCUGACGUUCUUUCUUUGCGUGAUGACCCACCAUUUUGCGAGGUGCCAGUGCUUUAUGCAUACUUUUAAUGCAAUACUCAACUCCAUUCCUAUUAUUGGAAUAAUAAAUCUUUAUGAUGGGCCCUCUAAA